AUCUCCAAAUUUCUAAACUACUCCAGGAGCUCCAGAUCGAAGUCCCCGCAGGCCCGCACCGAACUUUCCACGCCGCUGAGCCAGGCAGAGGCAGCAACCAUGGACCGCCGCGGCGAGGCGAGCCACCGGGGCUGGAGCUCCUCCCGCGGCCGAGACUGGCGAGGACGCGGACGCGGACGAGGCGGCGGCGGCGGAGGCCGCCCCUCCCCACCACCUCCUUCCUCUACCGCCUCCUCCGCGGCGGUCAACCUUGCCCCAGCCUCUACCGUCGACGACGCAGCGCCGAUCAUGGGCACCUGCCCCGACAUGUGCCCAGCGAGGGAACGAGCGCAGAGGGAGCGGCUGAGGGACCUGGCCGUGCUCGAGCGGGUGGGCGGCGACCCCGCGCGCACGUCUCCUUCCCUCGCCGUCAAGAAGUUCUGCAGAACUAUAUCUUCCACAAAUGUAAUGGCAUCAGAUAUACGUCCUCUACCGGUUUUGCGAGAAACAAUGGAUUAUCUUUUGCAUUUACUGGAUUCUUCAGAGCAUCCAUUUGAGACAAUCCAUGAUUUCAUCUUUGAUAGGACAAGGUCUAUAAGACAAGACCUCAGUAUGCAGAAUAUAGUGAAUGAUCAAGCAGUUCAAAUAUAUGAGGAUGUGGUAACAUUUCAUAUUAGGUCCCACCAGAGACUUGCUAGGUCUUGCCAGGAUUCAGAUGCUUCAUUGUGUUUCCUAAACAUGGAGCAGCUAACAAAAUGCUUGCUUUCACUGUUUGAUAUGUAUCACGUAAUCCAUGAGAGUGAUUCCCACAGCAAAAGAGAGGCCGAAUAUUAUUCCUUCUAUGUGCUUCUACAUUUAGGCUGCAAGAUACCCAAAAUGGUAGAUUCACUCUCUUUGUGGUAUAGCCGAUUAGCUACUCAAGUUAGACAAUCGAAGGAAAUGAUAUUUGUGAGAAAUUUAUUGAGAUGCUACCAGCUAGGAAACUUCAAGCGUUUCUUUUGCAUGAUAGCAGCUGAAGCAACCGAUCUUCAGUUGCGCCUUGUAGAACCUUUUCUCAAUGAGGUCCGAGCUAGAGCCUUAAUGUACUUUAACCAUAGCGGCUACAAACUCCAACACCACCCUUUGGAACAUUUGUCAGGAAUCCUGAUGAUUGAGGAGUUGGAACUAGAAACUCUUUGUGGAAUAUGUGGACUUGAAAUCAGGACAAGCGAAGGUAUGAAAGCUUUUGCGCCUAAACAGACAAGCUUCAGCCUACCAACAUCCAUGCCCCGAAGUAAUGGCAUUUACAUCUCAAGGGAGGUUGAAAGAUGAAAAGAGCACUGUAAUUCAGGUUCAAUAGAUUGUGUAUCAAGAAAUUACUUGUCACGCAUGUUAUGUAUAAAACAUUUCUUGAGGUGCCCCAAACAAAUACUUCCUACUGUUACAAGAAAAUGUCUGAAUGAUACUGUGUACAACUUCUGCUAAGAUUUUGAGACUCUUCAUGCUA